AUGAAAUACAUGGGUCAUCAAAUUUACCAUGGUGUAUCAUCGGAGAUUUCAACGACCUAUUGUCUCAAUAAGACAAGGUGGGUUUGCAUCCUCAUCCUAACUGGUUAUGUGUCGGUUUUCGUCAAGUGGUUAGUGAUUGUAACUUGGUUGAUAAACCGAUUGAAGGGCAUCAAUUUACAUGGGCAAAGAGUAGAGUUACUAAUCGAGGAGAGGUUGGCUAGAGCGUUAACAGAUACGGAUUGGCUACAAUUGUUUCCAAAUGCCAAACAUUUGAAUCUCAUUGCGACUCACUCUGAUCAAAGCCCAAUUAUGCUUGAUUGUGAACCUAAGCCGCGGGUGAAACGUAAGUUUAUGUUUAGAUUUGAAAACAAGUGGCUGGGUGAGGAUGGUAUCAUGGAGAUUAUACAAGGAUGGAAGGCUAGGGAAGAAGUGGAAGUAGAAAAUUGUAUUGUUUCAUUUGCAUAUAAUUUGGUUGAUUGGUGUAGAAAUCGGGGAAGAGAUGAGAGGUUGGAGUUUGCGAGAUGUAAGUAA